AUGACAACUUUCAAGGGACGCUGCCACUGUGGCCAAACCGAGUUCACCGUUAAGAUGGAGGCACCUAGCCAUAUUCUUUGCCACUGCGACGCUUGCAAAGUGAUCAACGGCAGCGACUAUACACUCAACCAAAUCGUUCCCAAAGAGGAUUUCGAACUCACCAAGGGCACCCUAGGCUGCUAUACCUACACUGGUGAUUCUGGAAACCCCGUGCACUGUUACUUCUGCCCCAACUGCACCACCCACAUCUACCACCACCAAACCGUUGCAGGACCCAAAUACGUCAUACGUACUGCGGGAUUGGAAGGCUACAAGGACUGGCCAGUGGCUGCAGAGAUCUACGUGAAGAAUAACAUCAAAUGGCAGCCUACUGUUGCUGCCGCUGACAAGAUUUUCCAACUUACUCCGCCGUCCUAA